ACCACAUACAACAUCCUGAAAAGAACUUUCAAUAUUUCAUCUCUUAAUGCUCCAUAACUCUUCGCUUAUGAAAUACUAAUACCCGGAGAAGUUAUGGCAUUAAAAACCUUGUCGGCGAAAGCCGCUGCGGCUCUGGAUAAAGAACUCAUGAGCACCGGUGCCUUUUCCAUUGAUCAACUCAUGGAGCUUGCUGGAUUAUCAGUCUCGCAAGUUGUUUAUCGGGUUUGUCCUCCGAAUAGGGGUAACCGAGUGCUUGUAGCUUGCGGUCCUGGUAACAAUGGUGGUGACGGGCUUGUCGCAGCUCGUCAUCUUCGCCAUUAUGGGUAUUCGCCAACCAUAUACUAUCCGAAACGCAGCAAGAAUGAGCUCUAUCAGCGACUUGCUAAGCAGCUAGAAGACCUUGAGGUUCCAUUUGUGGAUGAUUUCCCGGCGGCUGUAAAUUCGGCGGAUCACAUCGUGGAUGCGGUUUUUGGCUUCAGCUUCUCGGGCGAAGUCCGCGAACCUUUUCCAGCUGUGAUCCGAGCGUUGGAGGACACCAUACUUCCCGUGACAUCGGUUGACGCGCCAUCUUCCUGGAACAUUGAAACUGGACCACCUGAGUCUGGUUUAGGUAGCAAAUUUAACCCUGACUAUCUGAUCAGCCUAACAGCACCUAAGCCUUUGGUCAAGUACUUCAAAGGCCGUCAUUUUAUAGGCGGCCGCUUUGUCUCCCCAGCAAUCGCUAAGAAGUAUGACUUCGAGGUCCCCGAGUACCAAGGAAUUGACCAGAUUGUCGAGAUCGGUACCGGGGGAGAGAAGCUAUAAUGACAGGCAUGCGAUCGUAUGGAAAUCGCUCGGGUUGGGAAUAUCGAAUUGUUGUCGCGGGGCCAUCCCCCUUGCCGGGUUAACUGACACAGCAACCCCCUGUGCGACUGAAAGGACAAACUGGACUGGGGCAUCUUCCUUCUUGCAUGUCUUCGCUCUUCU